GUCCGAUGACAGGAUCCCUGUCAUUGGUCCACAGGACGUUGGAUAACGUGAGAGAGAUUCAGGCGCCACGUUGCAAGCUGACGCGCAAACUCGAACUCACUGUGGAGACAGCAUGGGUCAGUGUGAAACCCAAGCGAGGAGUACAAAAACACGGGUUGUGCGAAAUUACACGGCUCUGUAAAGCUGCUCCAGUAGCAUGAUCAUGUUCCCACUCGUGCGAACACGGGCUCGUGUGGCUGCGUGUAAAUGUGUGGAGCGUGCAGGUCGUAAUGAAGACCAUGAAAAGAAGAUUAGCUGGAGCUGUUAGAGUAGACCGUCUGGGGACUGUCAUCAUGAGACUGUGGGGACCGGUGCUUGUUGUGUGAGCUGGCACCCUCCGGCUCUCUGUAGCCAUCCAGAUGAUUGACAUCAGUGGUCCAAUUUUAGGGGGAAAAAUGGUUAUCAACAACACCCACAAUCACUCUUCACCGACUUGCUUCUCCACUCCUCUAUCCAGGAGAUAGGGUGGUGGAGUGUUUUUUGGCUGCAGAAAGAGUGUCUCCCCCUGGGCUGCGGCGUGGCUCCUGUCCCCUUCUCUCCCUGCAGCUGGAGCUACCAGAGCCAGAUGCUACGUAGCUCCACCACCCUCUGUCCCCCCUUUCUCUCUUCCAGGAGGAUGGUGCCCAGAGAGGAGGAUGACAAACGCCUCUGCCUCCUCUUACUGACGGUUUUGGACGACCUGACUCCAGCCCCGCACUGUUCCAACCGCCAGCACAAGAUGUUGACUUAAUGGAAGGGGGUUGGCUGUGGAUGGGCCCAUAUGCGUUUGUAUUGGGAAAAUAUGGCAGGGUGGUAUGUGUGUGUGUGUAUCUCUGUAUAUCUGUGUAUUCACUGGCAUUGUGUGUGUGUGUUUGUGUGUGUGUCUGUCUGUGUGUGCGCCUGUGUGUCUCUUCACCUAGCCCAGACUGCCUACAUCCAUCAUGCCAUGGCGCUCUGGCAGAGAGUGGGACUCAGACAGCUUCACUAACACACGGGAUAUCCCCUCCGUCUCCGCCGAAGACCACUGGAAACUAAUUUUUCCUCUUCUAAACUUCCCCCGAGAGAGACUGAUCCUGGUCGGCUUUCUUUUUUUUUUUUUUUUCCUCCUUCUUUCUGUGGUGUGGACAACUAGGCUGAAUAGCCUGUAGUUUGCCAAGGACUUUGACAACGACGCAGGAUGCCCCAAAAAGGGAGACAUUAAGUAGUGAAAACGGCAGAUGAUUGACUAAAUUGUUAUAGAGUGGACAGUCAACUCUGUUUCCAGAAUACCACAACCAAGCCACGUGGGAGUCUGGCGUAGCCUCAAUGAUGCAGAACAGUCACAGUGGCGUAAACCAGCUUGGUGGUGUGUUUGUUAAUGGUAGACCGCUGCCGGAUUCCACCAGGCAGAAAAUAGUUGAACUUGCUCACAGUGGUGCUCGACCCUGCGACAUCUCCAGAAUACUGCAGACCCAUGAUGAAGUCCAAGUGCUGGACAGUGACAAGGUAUCCAACGGCUGCGUGAGCAAGAUCCUGGGCAGAUAUUAUGAGACUGGCUCCAUAAGACCGAGAGCAAUAGGCGGCAGCAAGCCCAGGGUCGCCACUCCAGAGGUGGUCGCGAAAAUCGCGCAGUACAAGCGGGAGUGUCCGUCUAUCUUCGCCUGGGAGAUCCGCGACAGACUCCUGUCGGAGGGGAUCUGCACCAACGACAAUAUACCCAGUGUGUCAUCGAUAAACAGAGUCCUCCGCAACCUGGCUAGUGAAAAGCAACAGAUGGGCGCAGAUGGCAUGUAUGACAAGCUGAGAAUGCUCAACGGUCAGACAGGAACUUGGGGGACCCGGCCCGGCUGGUACCCCGGAACAUCAGUGCCAGGGCAACCCAACCAAGAUGGCUGCCAGCAACAAGACGGUGCAGGAGAAAACACAAACUCCAUCAGCUCAAACGGCGAGGACUCGGAGGAGACACAGAUGAGACUGCAGCUCAAGAGGAAACUGCAGAGAAAUCGCACGUCCUUCACACAGGAGCAGAUUGAAGCACUGGAAAAAGAAUUUGAAAGAACUCAUUAUCCAGAUGUUUUCGCGCGAGAGAGACUAGCAGCGAAAAUCGACCUGCCCGAAGCAAGAAUACAAGUAUGGUUUUCAAAUAGAAGAGCAAAGUGGAGGCGAGAGGAGAAGCUGCGGAACCAGCGCCGGCAGGCCAACAACUCCUCCAGUCACAUUCCCAUCAGCAGCAGCUUCAGCACCAGCGUCUACCAGGCCAUCCCACAGCCCACUACACCGGUGUCUUUCACCUCGGGGUCAAUGCUGGGUAGACCUGACUCUGCACUCACAAACACCUACAGUGCGCUGCCCCCCAUGCCCAGUUUCACCAUGGCAAACAAUCUACCUAUGCAACCCAGCCAGACCUCCUCUUAUUCCUGCAUGCUGCCUACCAGUCCGCCUGUGAACGGGCGGAGCUACGAAACAUACACGCCCCCUCAUAUGCAGGCACAUAUGAACAGCCAAUCAAUGACCACUUCUGGUACCACCUCAACAGGACUCAUCUCUCCUGGAGUGUCUGUCCCUGUCCAAGUCCCAGGGAGCGAGCCUGACAUGUCUCAGUACUGGUCAAGACUACAGUAGAGAGAAGAGCUACUUCACCCUGUAACCACCCACUCCACCAUCGCCCUCCGGCAGUGCUCCUCACACAUACAAUGCACAGGAGAGUAGAGAAGGCGAGAGAGAGAGGGUUGAGAGGAGGAGGCGAAGGACAGGAGAGGAGAGGAGGAAAAGAAGGAAGAAAGAAAGAGAGGGACUCUGGGAGAGCCUUGGGACGUCUGGGCUUUGUUUUUCCAGUGGGACUGUGUGCUGUUCUGUAGCUCUAGGCACAUUCAAACGAGGACUUGGGAGGAAGAAAGAACAACAAUGGAAAGACAGAAAAAAAGCGGACCUCUGUAAAGUGCCCGGUGUUAAAAUUUUUAUGGAACAAAAACUUAUCUGUUUUUUUUUUUUCUAUUUCCAACUUCAGUCAUUGUUUCCUUUUUUUCUCUGGUGUGUUAGUAAAUGGCCAUUUGUAUGUUAAUAUGAAAAACCAAGAUCAAGUACUGAUAGAUGGACUGCUAGAAAACCAUGUUGGUCUUGCGUUUGUUUGAGAGAGGAGAACCUGAGAGAUUCUGCCAUGACUAUCUUUUAAUCUGCUUAUAUCGAGACUUUCUACCAGCCUUUGCAUGGUCUCUGGACGCUGUUGCAUAUCAUUAAAGACGAAAAAGCUGGAGGGGAAGACUCUUACUGUGUCAAAAAAGAAAAAAGAAAAAAAAAAAAAGAAAAAACUAUUUAUUGGUCUUAUUUCUUACGAAUGGAUAUUUAGCAGAGGAAACUCAAAACUCGAUCCAUCCACUGAGGCCGUGGUCUUGACUCCUCUGGCAUGGGCCCACCGUUUGCUGGGGCUUAUUAGACACGGAUCACUAUCAUCAGCUCAAAGUGCGCAAAGAUGGCGCGACAUGCGACACAACUUGGACCUCUCGCUUCGGUGGUUGGAUUGACUCUAGAUUACCACGAAGAACAUUAAAUGUGGAAAACAGGUGUAAAAGAAAACCUGUAGUCUGUAAAUGGUAGACUGCGUCUUCGAUAUAAUCCAGUUUGUUUAUGUCAAAAUGUAAAGUACUUGUCUUCCCUAGAAAUCUUCCAGAAAGAUUUCUCCAAUAAAGGUUGAUUUCAUUUAUAUCCCCGAGAAUAUUCUAUAAAUGUUCCAUGCAUCAUAAAAUACAUUACUUUAGGGUCAGGUACAAUUUGUCUCUUAGGUAUAGUUGUAUUAUAGUGUCCUAUGGUCAAAAAAAAAAAUUGUGCAACUAGAAAUAUUUAAUUCCUAUAAUUAUGAUUAAACAUUGCUUGACAGAGUUUUAAACUUAAGUGUUUGGCAGUUGUUUACAAGUACAUAUCAGAUUUAAUCAUUGUUGAUUGUAAAACAGACCAAAGCCUUUGUAUUUCAUCUAGUACACAAUGUUUUUUUUAAAGAUAUUAGUCUUGUGUUGCAAAAUUUUGUAAACACAUUCUGUUCGAUUACAUUGGCUUCGAGUUCGUGAGACUGCAGUCGAACCCCGCAGUCCUUAUUUAUAAUUGAAGACCAUGGGAGGGUUUUUCUAGCAUCAUCUGUCAUGCUCUUUUGAGUUUUGCAUUUUUAUUUUCGGUGUGUACGUAGAACAUGGACACAUACUGGGUUUACGUCUGAGCAAUGCUUCUGAGAUAAAACGUCUACACGCUGUCUCUUAAAUAUUUCAAUUUAAUUUUAUUUAAAAUGGAGCUUUCUAAAUGUAUUUUGUGAAAACUAUAAAACAUUUUGUACAGUAAAAAUUGUGUCUUAAAGAAAGCCUUUCUGCCUGUUCAAUGCUGUGUCCAAUACAGUGUCGGUCCUUACUGAGCAAGUGGAGGCGCUUCUUAAAUUUUCAUUGCUGCAAAUUUAAACGUAGCUUUUGUAAAUCUAACACUGACAAAACGCUGGUACGAGGGCUUGUAACACGCACAAACACACAACACCUCCAAUUCCCACCAAACAAAGGUGUUCAAAAUAACAAACCCUCUCUUGAUGUAUGGGGGCUGAACCAAGUCGACACAGACCACACAGCACAGCACCGCCGCACAACGAGAAAGGUCAAGCAAUUCGCCAUCGCUGGCUCUUGUUUUAGUAGAGUUACGAUGGUAUGAAAAAAAUACAGAACCAAUGAGGACGAGGAGGGAGCAGAGGAG